AUGGAUACCUUGUCUGUCGUCGUUCUUGGCGGUGCAUUAGCUAUCCUCAUUGCAUCGCUGAGGCUUUCAAGUGGGCGACACUUCAACUUGCCUCCGGGUCCGAAAGGUGACUUUGCAACCGGAAACUUGCACGUCAUGCUUUCGAAAUAUCAGUGGAUGAAGUAUGCGGAAUGGUCCAAGACGUUUGGAGACAUAAUAUAUUUCACAAUUGUUGGACGGCCUGUCAUCGUCUUGAAUAAGUUCGAGCACGCGCAUGAGCUCUUAGACAAGCACAGCGCGAGCUAUUCUGACCGCCCUCCUAUGGACUAUAUCGUCAAGAUGUAUUUGGUCUCAUAUCCUUCGAAUAGCGAACCAAUUGAUUGGUCUAUCUGCAGGGUACGGUUCCGAUCGGCCACGUUUAUGCCGUACGGAGAUACGUGGAGACUAUAUCGUCGGCUAAUGCAACAAUAUCUCAAUCCUCGAGCUGUCCUUGCCCUUCGACCGAUGCAAACGAAAUGUGUUCAUGACCUGCUCCAAGAUCUUCUCACCGAACCCAAUGACUUCUGGCGGAAUAUCAAACGAUUCGCAGCAUCAGCUGUGCUUUCAGCUACUUAUGGAUACCAGGUUAAGCCCAAGGACGACCCAAUCAUGAAUUUACACGAACACUCAGAAAGUGCUAUAGGCCUACGUGGCCCUUAUGGAACCAUGGCUGCGGAUCUCUUCCCGUUUCUUCAAUAUAUCCCAUCUUUCCUCCCAGGCGCUUCUUUUAAGAGGCGCGCACUAAAGGCGAGAGUCGUGGCACAAGAAAUUUCGGAUUACCCGUAUAAGAUUGUCCAAGAGCAACGCAUAACAGGAACAGCAGUUCCCUGCUUAUUAACUUACAUGCUUGAUGGUUAUGAACAGCAGGGAAUUGAUGACAAGGAGCGCUUUGAAGCCAUUAAGAAUGUCUGUGGUGCGAUGUAUCGCGGUGGUGUUGGAUCCACCUCGACAGUAAUUUAUACCUUCUUUCUGGCAAUGGUGUUGUAUCCGGAAUUUGCAAAAAAGGCCCAAAAUGAUCUAGAUGCUGUUCUCGGUGGCGAACGGUUGCCAACAUUUGAUGAACAGGAAUCGCUCCCCUAUAUAAACUGUAUUCUGAAGGAAUGCCUGAGGUGUGUCGUUCUUUGUCUUUUGUACCCAUUGAACAGGGCUAGACAGAAUAUCAGAUGGAACCCUCCUUUCCCACUUGCAAUAGCUCACCGGGCAAUGCGCGAUGGAGAAUUAGAGGGAAAGUACAUUCCAAAGAACUCUAUGAUCAUGCCAAACGUCUGGAGGAUGAUGCACGAUGAACGAAAUUAUGACGAUCCAAUGACCUUCAACCCUGAUCGCUUUAUUGAAAGUGGCAAAGUUGCAUCAUCCAUCCUUGAUCCGCGGAUGGCCGUAUUCGGUUUUGGAAGGCGUGUCUGUCCAGGACGACACUUUGCAGAAGCAGAUAUUUGGUUGACUAUGGCCAGCAUUCUUACUGUCUUCAAUAUUCUGCCGGCCUUGGACGAAAAGGGCUGCGAAAUAAUCCCUGCCCCUGAGUUCACUUCCGGAUUAAAUAGCCGACCAAUGGAAUUCGCCUGUCAUAUUGUCCCUCGCAGCGACAAGGCAGCCAGUUUGGUUACUUCGGCAAGGGACGCUAGGACGUGA